CGUUUCAUUUCUCGUUGCGGACGGUCGUGCGUCGCUGCGCGCGGGAGUAAUUUUGUUGCAUUUUACUACUCUCUUCCACAAGUCGUAAUCGGAAUAUUAUUUAGCUCAUUGCAUUUUGAACAUCUACUUGUAGUUGUUGUCGGCUUAAUACAAUAUUGAAUAGAAACUUACAAGUGAUGUGUCGGUAUGCAAGUAUUUAAUACAUAAAAAGUGCUUAAAUCAACAAUAAAGUGAUGUUAAAAGCAUUUAUAUACAAAAAUCAGCAUAAAAAAUCUCAUACAAAACGCAUACGUUGUAUUUUGUCGGUUGCGGUAGAACGAAAUCGAGUUAAUUUCAUUUACAAUUCUUAUCUAAAUGCAACACUGUGAACCAACACCAACAUAAUGCUGUUAAAAAAGAAGCGAUAUAUGUGUGAAGAGCAGGACGACGCUAUUGACAUCGUUGCUGUUGUCGAGGCAAGCAACAACAGAAACACCAACGCGAACAACAACAGCAGCAGUAGUUAUGGAUCCAACAUGGCUGAAACACGCGAAGUCCGAAUUGAAGAGCAAUUAAAAGUGAAAAUUGGUGAAGCAAAGAACUUGAGCAGUCGGAAUGCAGCCAACACAAGCUGCAGCACGCAGGGCACACGAGAUGUGUACUGCACCAUUGCCUUGGAUCAGGAGGAGAUAUGCCGGACGCCCAUCAGUGAACGCACCCUGUCGCCGUUUUUUGGCGAGGAAUAUCAGUUUAAAAUACCGCGUCGCUUUCGCUAUCUGUCCGUCUAUGUGUGGGAUCGGGAUAUGAAGCAGGACAAGCCAAUUGGCAAAAUAGCGAUCAAACGCGAGGAGCUGCACAAAUACAACCACAAGGAUCAUUGGUUCUCGCUGCGGCCCGUUGACUCCGACUCUGAGGUGCAGGGCAUGGUGCACAUCCAGGUGGCCUUCGAGGAGGUGCCACAGCUGCUAACAGAAAGCAUCGAGCUUGUCCAGCACACGCUGCAGCAUCAUCCACAUCAUCAGCGGGCCCAUCUGAAUGACUACAAGGAGAACAACGAAUUGAGCAACAUCCAGCGGACCGCUGCAGCUGCUGCCAGUGGCAACACGGCGGGCAUGACACUUAAGAAUCGCGCGGCAGGUCUGUUUGGACAUGUGCAUCACCAGCAGCAACAACAGCAGCAGGCGCAACUGGCCGCAUCCUCCACGGAUCAGCUGGCCAAUUGGAAGAAUGUGCAUGCCCGCAAUGUGCGCGUGGCGAUUCGUGUGCCCGCCUGUGUGGAUCUGGCCAAGAAGCAGGGCACCUGCGAUCCGUUUGUCAUCUGCACGGCCUAUUACAGCAACAAACAGGUGAUCACGAAACGCACCAAGCAGCGCAAAAAGACCGUCGAUCCCGAGUUCGAUGAGGUCAUGUACUUCGAUCUCUCCAUUGACUCGGAGGCGGGCAGCACGGGCACCACAAAUAGCAACAAAUCCGCUGCGUCGCUUGAAUCGUCAGCGAAUAAAGCAUAUGCGAUUUAUCCGCUGGGCGGCGCUGAUCUCUGUGAGAUUGCCGUGACGCUGUGGCACGAUGCACACGGAGCCAUGGCGGACAAGGUGUUCCUGGGCGAGGUGCGUCUACCCAUGCUAAACAAGCAGCAACAGCAGGCAGUACAGCCAGCUGCCUGGUAUUACCUGCAACCGCGCACCACAGCCCAUAGUUGCCGCUCGUUGAAUGCGACGCCCCGCUCCUGCGCCACGCCACCUGGCACGCGACUCAGCGUGGACUCGACAAUUGGAUCGUUGCGUCUGAAUCUUAACUACACGGCAGAUCAUGUAUUCCCGCUUGCCACCUAUGAUGAUUUGCUGAAUUUACUCCUGGAGUCGGUGGAUCAGCGGCCCAUCACCUUAUCCUCUGUUUACAUCCUGGGCGAACUGGUGUCGGGAAAAACGGAGGUGGCCCAGCCUCUGGUACGUCUCUUUACGCACACGGAACGUAUUGCGCCAAUUAUCAAGGCGCUGGCUGAUCACGAGAUCUCCAAUCUGACGGAUCCCACGACCAUAUUCCGUGGCAACACCCUCGUCUCCAAGAUGAUGGAUGAGGCCAUGCGGCUGUCGGGUCUACACUAUCUGCACCAGACGCUACGUCCGGUACUUUCGCAAAUUGUCGCCGAGAAGAAGCCCUGCGAAAUUGAUCCCAGCAAGGUGAAGGAUCGAUCGGCCGUCGACACAAAUCUGCACAAUCUCAAGGAUUAUGUGGAGCGCGUUUUCGAGGCUAUCACCAAGAGUGCGGAGCGCUGUCCCAAGGUCCUCUGCCAGAUCUUUCACGAUCUACGCGAGUGCGCGGGCAAACACUUUCCGCGUAAUCGUGAGGUGCGCUACUCGGUGGUCUCUGGUUUCAUAUUCCUCCGAUUCUUUGCGCCCGCCAUACUGGGUCCCAAGCUCUUUGACCUGACCACGGAGCGACUGGAUGCCCAAACGAAUCGUACGCUGACGCUAAUCUCUAAAACGAUACAAUCGUUGGGCAACUUGGUCAGUUCGCGGUCCUCGCAGCAGCCCUGCAAGGAGGAGUACACCGGCGAGUUGUACAAGAAGUUCUGCACGGAGAAGCACGUGGAUGCAGUUAAGCACUUUCUCGAGGUCAUCUCCACGCCGAAUGCCUGUGAGACGCCCAGCAAGCAGCUGCAGGCGCUGCCGCGGUUGCCACUAGAACCAGUAUUACUAAAGGAGGGCAUGAUGACCAAAUAUCCGACAUGCCGCAAACGAUUUGGACGCCAAUUUAAGCAACGUUACUUUCGCCUGACAACGCACUCGCUAAGCUAUGCCAAGUCGAAGGGCAAACAACCCAUCUGUGAUAUACCGCUUGAGGAAAUCGGAAGCGUCGAGCAAUUGAAAGACAAAAGCUUCAAAAUGCAAAACUGCUUCAAGAUCGUGCACAAAGACCGCCCGCUUAUUGUACAAACGACGAACUGCGUUGAGGAGCGCGAAUGGUUCGACCUACUGCAUAAGAUCUGCCUAAUGAACUCCAUCCGGAUGCAAUACUUUCAUCCUUCAGCGUUUAUCAGCGGCUUCUACAGCUGCUGCGGCCGCUCCGAUGAGAAUGCGCCCGGCUGCAAAAAUGUCUCCGCCAAGGAAAUGGACUACUUUCAAAUGGAUUUGGUAACCGCCCUCGAUCCGGCGCUUGAUCUGCAGCGCAUACACACGCUCAUCAUGUCCAAUAUGAAUCUGCUGGACGCGCUGCUCGACCCUCUCGCCUACCAUCAGCACCUGCCCCUGCCCCUGCCACAGCACCAACAACAACAGCAGCAAAACAAUCCGCUGGUGCCGCUGGCCAGCGCCCUGCAGCAACAAUCGCCACAGGCAUUUGUCGAGUUCAAGAAAACCAUUGAGAAGCUGCGGGACAAGGCCUAUGCCAUCGACCGGGAUCAUCGCGACUACAAGCAGGACAUAACGCGACAGCUCAAAUACGGCAGUCGGCAGGCCCCGAUCGGGGAUGACAACUACUGGCACAUGAUGCGCGCCGCCGGCCAAUUGAACUUGCAGCAUCAUCACCAACAGCAGCAGCAGCAGCAACAACAACAGUUGCAGCCCGUGCUGCCACCAAUGCAACAUGUGCGCGCUCUGCCGGCAACCACCAACAGCAGCAACAUGAAUGUGAACGCCUACUUUAUGCACAAUUUGCAGCACCAGAAUCAGCGACUGCAGCUGCAGCAGCAGCAGCAUCAACAACACCAGCAGCAGCAGCAGCCGCACCAGCAGCAACAGCAGCAAUAUCAGCAGCAGCUGCGCAACCAGCGACACAAUAAUAACAAUAACAACAACAAUAACAAUAGCUGCAGCAACGCAUCAUCGUCCAGCCCAUCGUCGACAGCAUCAAGUGUUGUGGCAGCUCCACCCAGCAGCGCCACAAACCCCGCCGCAGCUGUGGCAGCAACAGCCGCCGUGCUGCCGAAGCCGGCGCCGCCGAUUUAUUAGCGUUCAAGACUAUGCGUAUUUGCCAUACCCAGAGCGAUCGUUCUGACUCGGUGAAUGCGCAUAACUGUUCUACUACUGCCCCCCAAACACAGACACACACAAACACACUCCCACUCACUCACUUCCCCGAACUUACACACUCACACACACACACACACACAAGUACUUCGAAACACUUCCAACAGCAACAGAUGCGUGAAGCGUGUGCUAAUUUUAAACAACUUUUUUUUUGUACGAUUUAAAAUGUGUAGAGCUAAGAUCUUUUAAUUAACUAUUUUUAUACACAUUUAUACGGGGUAACCAAGAAGCGAAAUCUAAAUGUUUAAGCCUAUUUAUUGUUCUUUUGUAUUUAAACGACACACAAAUUUUCUACUUUUAUUUUGUGAACCCUAAAUACCCAUACAAAGAAAAACUGAUAACUAUGUAAGCUGCUAAAAUCUUAAAAACAAAACUCCAAAAUUGCUAAGAAUUUUUAAAAGCUAGCCUCGUAAGUUGUAUUAAGCUCUAUAAUAUCUAUUAAUAUAUCUAGAUAUACAUAUAUAUGUGUAUAUAUAUACGUAUAUAUAUAUAUGAGUAGUAGUGAAAUAAACCUUUGUAUAUAGCUAAAAGUAUGCUUAAGUCUAAACAUACUUAAAAUCUAUACUAUACAUAUAUUAUAUAUUUAUAUAUAUAUAUAUAUUAUAUGAUUAUAUAUAUAUAUAUACAUAUGUAUAAUACAUAAACCAGUUAUGCUAGGCGUAGACAAAUUGCAACUAUCUAAAGUAAAUUAGAUAUUUAAGAUUGGUCUAGGCGAUACACACACACACACACACACACACACACACAAGCAAAGUGUGAGUGCUACUGUUAUAUACAAAAGCAACACACUUAUACGCUAGCAUAUGUACAUUUACAUAUAUAUACACACACACACACGCAUACACAUAUAGUUAUAUAUUUAACUGUCAUACAGCUACACGUAUACUUACAUAUAUGUAUUUAAAGCUCUGGCACACAAACAAACAAACAAACAAAACAAAAACCAAGCGUUGUUAAGAACAAAUUUACUUCCAUUUUACAUACAUACAUAAAUAUUUAUUGAAUGCAUUUAAUUUCUCAUGUUAAAUUUAAUACGACACAAAUGAAAAACAAAAAGUAAAUUGUUAAUGCAAAAUUAUGUUUGUUAGCUUAUUAACUUACUUCCACCGAUUUGUUUCCAAAGCUCUUCCAAUAUUGCAUAAUCGUUAUAUUUAAUAAUACAUACAAUACACACAUACCAACUUACAUAUUUUUUGUCAAUUGCCAUAUUUAGUUUUGUUUUUUUUAUAUACUUCAUUGCAUAAAUGUCUUCCUCUUUAAAAACUUUUCGUUUUGUUUAUGCAUUCCAAUUUCUUUGUGCAUUUCUCUGUUCUAAUAUUGCAAAAUGUGCAUCUACACGUAAAAAAAAACAUACAUUGCACCUAAACAAAAUUAAAUCCAGAAAACAUUUUUUUGUUGCUAAGAAAUUCAUUUAAUUUUAGUAUAAUUUUAUUAAUUAUAUGUAGAUUAAGUUGUUGGUACAAAGAAUCGAAAAGCAUAUUUUUUAGCGACAAAAUAAACUUAUCGCCAAUGAUUUUUGUUUUGUAUUUAUUAUUUUAUCUAGCUGCUAUUGAUAUACUUUCAAUUGUUUUUACCUCAUUCUCGUGCUUUAGGCAAUUUUUGGCAUCCAGUUGUGAUAUCUUAUACGAAAAAGAAAACAAAAUUAUAUAGAUUAGACUCUCUUUAAGUGUGUGUUGGUUGAUUGAUGCGUAUAUUUGCAAUACAUUUAUUGUACGUUAAAGCUGUUAAGUAUUUAUAUAUAUUCGCAUUGUGACAAUUAACAGAGAAGCAAUUUACAAUUUUAUUUCGAGAACUACAAAACAAGCGUACUCGCAUUAAUUAAUAUAUAUACACAUAUUUUCUAUUAUGUUUGAAAAUUCAAUUUCACUCGAUCACAAUCCCAAGGAUACAAAAUAAACGGAAACAAAUGAAUCCCUAACUUAUAAGCCUGAAAGACAAAUACUGACAAGUGUUGUGGUUGGUUUCAAUGCCAUGGAACAGACAAAAAAGGAAAACUUCCCUAUUUUUUGUAAACAAACCUUUUGAAACUAACUUUUACGUAUAAAUAAAUAUUUCCAUAUAGA